UAUUGCCACUGGCUGGCAGGCGGCAUCGGUGCAUGAUUGCAUCAUGAUCAUGGCAAUUUGCGAGCAGCAAAUGCAGUGCAACUUCUAGGGAAGAGGGUGUGGUGCUGAUUUGAGAAGGGAAGAAGUUUGUGUGUGCUCAUGAAAGGCAUUCUUGCCGAUUCUUGCACGCAUUUGAUACCCAUUUGAUACAAGAAGUGCAGAUUCGCUGAGUCGAAGGAGUUGUUCCUUUUUUGGUGGCCGCAGCAUCCGAUUGCACCACCACCCAAGCAGCUCUAGCUAAUCUCAGUACUCACACUCUUUGUCAGUUCAACAAAGCACACGAGCUUGUGAUCCAGUGGGUGUACUGUAAGCAAUCGCACUCUGCCAUCGGUAAAACUGCUACACAUAAACUAUGGCGCUUCCUACUGUGGAGAAGGUGAAGCUGGGAUCCCAGGGGUUUGAGGUUUCUAAGCAGGGCCUGGGUUGCAUGGGUAUGAGUGCCUUCUAUGGUCCCCCUAAGGAGGAGAGUGAAGCGAUCAAGGUCAUCCACCGGGCAGUGGAGCUUGGUGCGACGUUCCUUGAUACGUCGGAUGUCUAUGGACCACACACAAACGAGAUCCUGCUCGGCAAAGCGCUCAAAGGGAUCAGAAACAAGGUGCAACUGGCAACCAAGUUUGCCAAUUCCAUCGAGAACGGGCAGUGGCGGAUCAACGGCCGUCCGGAGUACGUCAAGGAGGCGUGCAAGGCCUCCCUCGAGCGACUGGACGUGGAUUGCAUCGACCUGUACUACCAGCACAGAGUGGAUCCCAACGUUCCGAUUGAGGACACGGUCCGGGCGAUGGCCGAGCUGGUGAAGGAGGGAAAGGUCAAGUAUUUGGGACUGUCCGAAGCGACAGCGGACGAGAUUCGGCGCGCGCAUGGCGUGCACCCAAUCACCGCCGUCCAGUUGGAGUGGAGCCUCUGGUCCAGGGACGCCGAGGAGGAGCUUAUACCCACCUGCAGAGAGCUGGGGAUCGGCAUCGUUCCGUACUCCCCCCUCGGCCGCGGCUUCUUCACCGGUAGGACCGACUUCGAAGCCCCCGGGGACUUUCGGUCGGCGCACCCCCGCUUCCAGGGGGAAAACAAGGAGGCGAACAUGAAGCUGUACCGGACGCUUAAGGAGAUUGCGGACAGGAAGGGCGUUUCUCCCGGACAGCUGGCGCUGGCGUGGGUGCAGAACCAGGGGGACGACGUGGCACCCAUUCCGGGCACUACGAGUAUCCAUCAUCUGGAGGAGAACAUCAAGGCCCUCUCCAUCAAAUUGUCCGAGGAGGAGUUGAAGGAUCUCUCGGACGCUAUCCCGGCGUCAGAGGUCAAGGGCGGGCGGUACCCGGAAGCGCACAUGGCAAACACAUAUCAAGGGAGGCUGAAGACACGACAUGCUUAAGUGCUCAAGUCUCGAGAAUUACCCACCAAGUCUGAUCGGUGGACUCAGCUAUAUCUGGUUCAGACAGAUGAGCUGUAAGUUGGCGGCUUAAUUUGCGAGUUGCGAAGCUGUAGACUAGGAGCGAUAAAAACUUUCGCAUACAAUCAGGUACUUCUAAUAUUUAUGGUUUUGAUCCCUUCAGUGUAUUGUUGACAAACAUAGCGAAAUCGUGAACGCUAUGACACUUGGCAAAUCGUAGUAGAUGGACGGUGCACUCAUGGAUACGUUCUGGACCGUUCAAGUUCCUUACAAAAAUUGGUGCCGGCGC